UUCGAAACGGUUGACAGUAAAGCACGUCGAGACUCGGGGAACGCAAAUUUGUACGUGCGACGCUUGCCUCAAAGAAUGAAGAAAACAGUGAUUGUCUCCGUCUCGCACAGAUUUUAAGGAAGGAAAUGUAGUGAAAAUGUAUCCAACACACACUCAAACGCCAAAUAAAGCCAAUAAAAUUGGAGUGAAAGUGAAAGUGAUUGAAUUUUAAUGCUCUUAACCAACAACCAACGAACGAGCAAACGAACACCGAAACGAGUGCUUAAGCCAUAAACGCGUCACAAAUCCAAAAUAAUUACAUUGCUAAUAAAUACCAUUAGACGACCCAAGGGAUUUUACAUAAUCUGCUUUUGAUUUCUUCUUCGGUUGAUUUUCCUUGCCAUUCUAUUGGUGCAAAUGCCCGAGAGCAUAGGAGGCGAUAUUUCGUGUUAGCAUGUUUAUGAUCUGAAGGACCACAAAAUACUUAGAACAGCUAUGGAAUGAACAUUAAGGAGCAUUUCACAAAUUCCAUACUCAAGUAUCCUUUCACGAACAAACAAAAUGCUAAGAACUGUUGGCCCAACAAUAGCCUGCAGUUUAGUCAUUAUGCUGGUGCUUCAUACAACCCCCGUCAGAUGCAAACGAAGAGAGAUGAUAGCCGGGCGCCUCGAGAACGUCACACAGACCAUAACGAAAAUUCUGAAAGGCUACGACAUUCGACUGAGACCGAAUUUUGGAGGAGAACCAUUACAUGUCGGCAUGGACUUGACGAUAGCCAGUUUCGAUGCCAUAUCGGAAGUUAAUAUGGAUUACACCAUUACGAUGUAUCUGAAUCAGUAUUGGCGUGAUGAACGAUUGGCAUUCAAUGCUUAUGGCCCCUAUUACGAUGACGAUGCUGAUGACGAUGGCGUCAAUGAUGUUCUGACGCUCUCUGGAGACUUUGCGGAGAAAAUUUGGGUGCCGGAUACGUUUUUUGCCAACGAUAAGAACAGCUUUCUGCACGAUGUCACCGAGCGUAAUAAACUGGUGCGUCUGGGCGGGGAUGGCUCCGUCACCUAUGGCAUGCGUUUCACCACCACCCUAGCCUGCAUGAUGGAUUUGCACUACUAUCCGCUGGACUCACAAAACUGCACCGUAGAAAUUGAAAGUUAUGGCUACACUGUCAGCGAUGUUGUGAUGUAUUGGAAGCCAACACCGGUGCGUGGUGUCGAGGAUGCACAACUGCCACAAUUCACAAUUAUCGGAUAUGAGACGAACGAUCGCAAAGAACGCCUAGCCACCGGAGUCUAUCAACGACUGUCGCUAUCCUUCAAGCUGCAGCGCAACAUCGGCUACUUCAUCUUCCAGACCUACCUGCCAAGUAUUUUGAUUGUUAUGCUCUCAUGGGUAUCAUUUUGGAUAAAUCACGAGGCAACUAGUGCCCGUGUGGCUUUAGGUAUCACCACUGUUCUUACUAUGACUACCAUAAGUACGGGAGUACGCAGUUCCUUACCCAGGAUAUCAUAUGUGAAAGCCAUAGAUAUUUAUCUGGUCAUGUGUUUUGUGUUCGUAUUUGCUGCCCUUUUAGAAUAUGCAGCCGUCAACUACACCUAUUGGGGUAAAAGAGCCAAAAAGAAAGUGAAACGAGGAAAAGAUGGCGACAUCAAAAAGUCAGGGAAACCUGACAAAUCUGAAACAUGUUCAACUGCCGAGGAUAUCAUCGAAUUACAGGAUGUACGCAUGAGUCCCAUUCCUUCACUGCGCAAGGGUAACUAUAAUAGCACACUUAAUUCAUUGGGUGCAGAAACAUUGGAUUUGGCCAAAUUUCCACCGAGUUUUAGAAUUGCCCGCAACUAUGGCACCACAAGUCGUUCAAACCUACGAUAUCGGGGUCAACGAGGCAAUAAGCCACGUGUAAUACACGCCUUGAAGAAAGGUGCUUCUGCCAUUAAAGCCACCAUACCCAAAAUCAAAGAUGUCAACAUCAUUGACAAAUACUCACGCAUGAUAUUCCCUGUCAGUUUCAUGGCCUUCAAUUUGGGCUAUUGGUUGUUCUACAUUCUGGAAUGAUAGCACAUCCAAACACUCCACACUUCCAAGUAGAGGCGCCGUAAACCCUUCUCUAGUGUGUAGUGUUGUUAAUCGCUGCCGCAAGCAACAUCUGAAUACAUCCAAGCAAACAGCCAUUUCACAGAAAACAUCUGCAUAUCCUGACCAGCAAGAGUCCUGAACAAAGUAUAGGCUCCACAAAACCCGACCCCACCCCCCAAACCGCCAUAAGUGACCACUUUAAAUUUCUAACGACGGUCACUUAAAAUGCAUACUUGGCAACCAAGCAAGCUAAAGGGGCAACGUUUACAAGAUUUAAAAAAUUUACCAAAUACCAGAACAGAUGAUAUUUUUUUACAGCAAUAAAAUGAGAGUAUGUGACGUUUUUAUCAAUUAAAAACAAAGCAUGUAUCCUCUCCCAAUCAUUGGGGGAUGCACUCGUAUAUAUACAAGCCUAAAUGCAUGUAUAUAUGGUCUACUUACACACAAACAUACACUCACCAUGGAUCUCCUUCCAGACGAUUUUAGAUUUUUAAUAGCUUAAGCCAACAUUUGUAUCUGAAUUAAAAUGAGAGUACAAGUAACCACACACACAAGCAUGGAAGAUGAGCGAGGAGCGACGAAGAAAAAAAAGAAACAAGUGGAUGACCAUGCAACAUGUCGGUGGUCCUCACAUCAACCUACCAAGCCACAAUUUUCAUGUAGCCACCAAGUCCUAAGUAAUUUUUUAAGUGUAGAUAUAACCAAAAUAUAUGACGUAUUACUAUUCAGAUAAAAACGAAUAUUGUGAUGGAAUAUUGUUUUACCGAUUACAACAACAAACUACAGAGGAAACCACAAAAACCAAUAAAGAAAACCGCAAACAACACAACUACUA